AGAAGGGCUUCUCAGUGGUAGCAGAAUGAGCAACACAACUGGAGAAGAUAAAGGGAAAGGAGAAAGGAAAUACAUCAACAGGGGAAAAGGCUGGAGGUACCUAGAAAGUGGAAAUCAGGAUAACGAGGCGUCAUGCACAGGUUGUAAUGGAACUAAGACAUUGAUUUCACCUACGAUGUGCCAGGCAUAAUUCUCCUCCUCAGCAUCUCAUGUAAUCCUCACGAUGUCUAGUGCGGUACCAGGCAUAUAGUAGGCGCUCAAAAAUAUGUCGAAUAUUAAUGUUUAAUAAAUGAACAAGCAAUUCGAAGAGAACAGUCUAUCAUCAAUCGCAUCUUACAAGAACCGGAGGCCCAGAAAGGUAAAGAAAUGUGCUCAGUGUGUCACAGCUACUAAGAGGAGGAAGGAAUCUGACUUCAAAAGCCUGAUGUAGAAGGAGGAGGGUGAUUUCCAAGAGCCCUGCCGGGAUUCUGGAAAAGGGUGUGGUGCUUGGAUGUCUCCCAGGGACUGAGAGAGGGAGGGAAGAAUGAAAGGCCAAGUGGACUGGGCUACGGAGGAGAGGGACUGGGCAUUUGGAAAGAGGUCUUCUUCUAGGAGGAUGGGCCCUGCGGGAAGGCACCAAGGCCAGCGGGCAGCAGCUCAGCCAGCAAGGGGCAGCAUCCAGGCGAAUGCACCUGGUGAGGUGGGUGGGGCAGAAUGGCACAACCUGUGAAGAAACAGCCAAGGGUCUCUGUUGAGCAGGCAGGGAUCUGAGGUGGGGGGAAAAGUGACUAAAGUGGUAUAGGGAAAGACUGGGCAGGCCGGGAUGGAUAGCGCUAACAGCCUUCCCAUAAGAAAGCAGAAAGAACCCAGCCCUGGAAGGGUGUCUGGGAUGCGGCUGGGGCGAGGGUGUGGUCUGGAAGGGGAGGGGCUGCGUGUGCGGCCUGCGAUGCAGAGAACGAGCCUCGGCCUGGCAGCUUUCGGGAAAGGCCCAGAUCUGUGUUGUCGUCUUCGUGGGCCUCCUGUUCACCAGAUUCUGGUUGUUCAGUGUCCUGUAUGCGACCUGGUGGUACCUGGACCGAGAAAAGCCACGGCAGGGGGGCAGGUCCUUCCAAGCAAUAAGGCGCUGCUUCUUGUGGAAGUACAUGAGGGACUAUUUCCCUGUCUCGGGCUGGUCACAUCAGACAAGGAGAGCGCUGCUCACAUUCUCAACAGGAAAGAAGGUGGCAAUCUGCUGGCCAUCAUCAUAGGGGGUGCCCAGGAGGCACUGAAUGCCAGGCCCGGGGCCUACACGCUGUUGUUGCGGAACCGCAAGGGCUUCGUCAGACUCGCCCUGAUGCACGGGGCUGCUCUCGUGCCGAUCUUCUCCUUCGGGGAGAAUGAACUAUUUGACCAGGUCGAGAAUUCUCCCGGCUCCUGGUUGCGCUGCAUCCAGGACCGGCUGCAGAAGAUCAUGGGUAUCUCCCUCCCGCUCUUCCAUGGCCGUGGCGUCUUCCAGUACAGCUUUGGUCUUAUACCCUACCGCCAGCCCAUCACCACCGUGGUGGGAAAGCCCAUAGAGGUGCAGAAGACGCCGCAUCCCUCGCAGGAGGAGGUGGACAAGCUUCACCGGCGCUACAUCAAGGAGCUGUGUGACCUCUUCGAAGCCCACAAGCUCAAGUACAACGUCCCCGUGGACCAGCACUUGGAGUUCUGCUGAGGGCCUCCCCAGAGGCCAGGGCUGGCGUUAGGGAGCCCAGCUGGAGGUGCUGCGAUCUGAGAAGGCUUCCUGGAGGUGUCUGUUGAGCACACGGUCACAGCCUUCCCAAAGUUCUGCAAAUCCAACCAUGCCAGGCCCCAAGUCUCAGCUGCCAGUUUGGGCAUCGCUGGUUUGCACUCCCUCUGAGAAGCCGCCGCGAGCCUCCCUCUCCUUGGCCUCCUCCUCUGUGAAUGGGAGAGGGGGCUGGUAGAGAGUGAUUUCUGAGGUCUCUAUCCCCGGUUAUAAUGUCACUCAAUAGGCAGAGAAAGAGAAUAGCAACCAGGUCUUCCUUCCUCUACCUUGAGUAACAGCACAAAAGAAGCCCCAGGCUCCAGCCCCGUCUCCUACAGGGUCCCUCAUCCUGCACCCUACAUGUUCCGUCUCCUCCCUCCCUGAGCCAGAGAGGAGGAGGUGGUCUUGAGGCCUCCGCACUCAUGCCAGGCCCCUGUGAGUUUCUGGGUCCUCUGCACUGUAGACUGGCAGCCACAGGGGCCCGAAAGGUGGAUGAGGAGAACCGUGCUCUGUCACUGGCUAUAUGACAGUGGGCAGACCUCUUCACCCUCCCUCUGAGCCUCAGUUUCCCUGACUGACUGAGAUGAACCCUGAGCCUAAGCUCUGACAUUACAUAGGCAGAGAGCUCCACGAGGCACCUCUUACUCAUUCACGGUCAUUUCAGCCCCUGACCUUGACACAGAAAGGUGGGAGAUCUCCAUAAAUGUCAGUUCAACAAA